AUGUCUUCUAUAACCCCUGAAACCAGCAACCCAGCCACGAGCAACACUUCUGCUCCUGCUGGUCUUCCGACAGACACUAUCACCGCAUAUGAUCCUGUGAACCCUAUCUCGACGUUAAUAAACGUCAAUGUUUCCAAUGUCACGAAACUCACAGCGACAAAUUACAUCACAUGGAGUGUGCAGAUCAAAGCUCUGCUUCAGGGCUAUAAUCUGGAUCGGUUUCUCGAUCCCGCUCAAGUUCCGGCUGCAACUGUCAUCGUCAACAACCUGGUGGUUCCUAAUCCUGAAUAUCAAAUCUGGUUUCGCCAAGACAGAUUGAUAUUUUCGGCUCUCCUUGGCUCCAUAUCGAGUUCCUGUCAAGCCUUAGUCGCUUCUGCUCCGUCAUCUGCUGCUACCUGGACUAGUCUAGCUAACACCUAUGGCCGAAGCAGCAGGGGACACCUGAAACAGAUCAAGGAACAAAUGAAGCGCUUCACCAAAGGUCCAAAAUCGAUCAACGAUUAUAUGCACUUCUUCAAAAUUAAAUCAGAUGAACUGGCACUUCUAGGCAAACCCAUGGAUCAUGAAGAUCUCCUUGACAUGAUUCUGGCUGGCCUCGAUGAUAACUAUAAACCUGUCAAAGACAUCAUCCAAGCAAAGGACACAUCUAUCUCCUUCAUUGAGUUUCAUGAGAAGCUGCUUAGUCACGAAGUCGAUCUGAUCGCCCCAAGGGCCCCUGGCGAAGCGUACUUUAGACCUCCGAUGGACCAUCGAUCUCCAAGGCCUCAGACCAACCAAGGUUGUGGAUACCAAGGCAAAUGCCAGCUCUGCGGAAUACACGGUCACAGUGCAAAAUUCUGCCGUUUACUCAAACAAGGACAGAGUUUUCCUCAGCAAAACUCAUUUCCCAUGCCUGGACAAUCAAGCGGGCAACCAUCUGCAAAUCCAGCCAGCUUCUCUACCUCAACGUCUCAACCGUGGUUACUCGACUCUGGAGCAUCGCAUCACGUCACCACAGAUCUGGCUAAUCUGUCCUUCCACACGCCGUACUCUGGCAAUGAUGAAGUGAAGGACUUAGCCACGGGGGCAAAGCUAGCAACCGGAAAGCUUAAUCAAGGCGUGUACGAAUGGCCUAUCUCAUCUCCUUCCUCUACUUCCAAAACUUCUUCGUGUUAG